AUGGCGUCCAUCAAGUCUCUAGGCCUGCACCAGCCUAGCGGCCUCCAACACACAGCUCACGAAGAUGCCCCGCCGUCGACCUACGCAUGGGAGAUAUCAACCGAUCCCGAUCAUAACGAAUACGACGAUACCACCGAGGUCGAAGAUGAGCUACUGGUCACCAAGAACUGCGUCGUUUGGAGCCGCGGGGGCGUCUUUCGCAAAUCCUACAAAUUCGACCUAGAAAAAGAGCCCGUCACUCAGGCCCUACUCGCUUCCUUUCCCACUUCCGACUACAGCAAAAAGACGCCGCAGCAUACCCCGAAGAGCAAAUCUCCAGAAACACCGACCGAACCCCGUCGUCUAUCCCGAGCCUUAGUCGUCUUUCUACGCACACAAGCACACGUUUACUUCCUCUCCGGCACGAGCCAUGUUGUUCACAUGCCUUUUGAGGUCGAGGCAGCCUGCGCAGCACCCCAGGGUGUCAUCAUCCAGCGCAAGCAGCGAGGAGAUACCACUGCGCCUGUCUCCCUCAAGUUUCCGAAAGUGCCGCCCAACUCCUUCGUCUCUUCGCAAAUCACCGUCACUUCCCCACGAAGCUCACAACAUACGGUUUUCUCCGUAGAGGGUCUAAACAAGCCCAAGUCGUUACCCUUGAGGCUAAGCUCGACGCUCGGAAACAUGUGGGAGGGACCAUUGGAACAACCAGACUCACAUUGGCCCCGUCUGGUUUGCUUGUUGGAUCCUUUGCAAGAGUUGGGGCUCAUCGUUGCUCGUCCGGAUGGUGCCGCUCGAGAGAAGAGGAGGAAGAGUACGGCAAAAGCGCCGUGCUUUCUAGAUCCAGCAGAAGAGAUAUUGCACGUGGAGGAAAUCAAGCAUCCCGGUGCACCCAAUACCAAGAACGCCGAGCCACUCAUUCUCGCCGUCACCAUUAAUCGAGAAGCCAGUACAUACGCAGUGUGGAGAGUGACAUAUGUCAAGAACGAGGACCCCUUCAUCGGCCGCCUUAAGAAGGACAAGAGCAGGGCAGAGCGGCGCCGUAGCUCCAUGCAGCCGCACUUCGCCGCCAGUGGUGCCUCGACGCCAGUUCAGACAAACUUUCGGGAGAGCUUUGGUGCACCAUUGCCGGGAAAGCGAUCCAGAAAGAGUGAAAAGAUCGAAAAGCCGGACAGAGUUGAGAAGCCGCUGGACUUGGUGUCGUCUUUCGAUCUGGACAAGGAAUCCGGUGCCAACCGGAGGCAGUCACGGCGAGUGAGCUCUAUGCUGGCUCGCGCCGAUCUCUCUGCUUCCCAAGAACGCUCCGUCUUCUCUGAGCAACCCUUGGCUGGCCCAGCACACGGUGGACCCAAACGAAUCGAGUCUUAUGGUAGUCAGGGGCCUAGACUUAGUGGUGGCUACAGCUCCUUCAACCACAAUCAGACCAUUCAUCCAAGUCUUGGCAGCUUACUCGAGGCUCCCAUCGACGGUGUUUUGGAAGAACUUCGAGCCGGCGGUGACUUUGAGGGCUUCCACACCAUGGGCCUUGACGACCACGUCUUCGAUGGGUUAUCGCAGGAAAUGAUGUUUACAAAGAUCCAGUCCAUUUCUCUGGAUAAUUCCAACGUGCGAUAUUCCUUAACCAGGCAGCCUGCUCGUGAGCAUUGCAAGGUCUUCAUCUUGACAGCACCACAAUUCGCCGUAGACGACCCCCUCCGCGGUGAGCUGCUCAUAGGGAUCCAAGACUCCCUCGAUAAGAGACUUCAACUCCUGACAAUCGACCUCCAACGAGGGCCACGUUUUCUUGUUCCACCCAAGCCGGGCAAAAGCUCAACCUCGUCAGAAGAUCCAGUGAGGUUAGCUUGCGGCGCUCUUCGGCGGGCUCACCACGUUGUGGACUCAUGCAAAGUGACUGACGGCGACAUUUCGGUUAUACUCAUUCUAUCUGAAGGGCACGAGGGUCGCAGGGAGCUCAGCAUACAGGCGCCAUGGAGUCAAAUCACACCCAUCAACCUUCCCCCAAUGUCAUUGGAGAACGUGAGAAGUUUGCAUUACCGCGGCCGGGCUGUCGACAGAGAUGUCCGGCAUCGCCAAUCUGAAAACAUUGAGGUCGCAAACGGAAAUGUCGGAGCUCUCAAAUACUCCAAGGCGAGGGGCAUCGUUGACAUGGUUGAUGGUGAUGGCAGGUACCAUCAAAUUCAAAUCCAGCUUCAGCCUCGCAAUCACCAGGUGCGAAGAGUGCUCGACGCUUGUCGGAGCAUUCUCCCUGCUUCUCACGCAGAGAAGAUGUUCCCUGGCUGGUGGCAUAUCAUGAUAUGGUUGAAGAGCGAGGAGAUCGAAGCCGCUGAUGCUGAGUGGUCAGCGCUGGUCAUUCAGCUUCUAGCCAUCUAUCUCGCGCUAGGCAAGGCCAAUGCCGCACAAGAAUCUCUCACAAAGCCUUCGAGGGGCAAACGAAGACCUCAAUCUGGCUCAUUCGGGUCAAUCCAAGACAUUGAGGACUGGACCACUCUGCAUUUAUACGAAACCCCUAAUGCUUUGGGCUGCCCCAGCUGGCAGCAAACAAGAGGCUGGGAUUGGACUCUCGGUGAAGACGGCAGCGACGAUUUUGCCAGUUCGCCCAAUCCUGGUCUUAGAGACACCAAGUUCAUGUCUACUCACAUCCAGUACGCCAAGGGCUACUUGGCAUCCCCGCUUGGCGAGAAGGCCGUCGGCGCCAAUGGAUACCUGCCGACUGGACAACAACGUAGUGCAGAGAACCGUGGCAAUGCUGCCUGGAACGUAUUCGUCGCUCUCCAUCUUCUGCUCGAGGAACAAAAGUUGGAGAUCAUGACACCCGAAUAUGCUUCUCCGGGCACGGCGCCACUUCGGGUGGUCAUGUGUCAAAUCGCCCGUUGGUUGGGAUGGCACGACUUCGUCGCAGUGUACGAGCUGGGAAUUCAGGAAGAAUGGGAGUCUCGCUACGAUACAGAACUUCGCCUCGAAGUCCCCCUUACGCAACCGUCUGGCGUUGACUUUGACAUCUUCCACUGGAUACAGACAUGUCUUGCCGCCGGCCAAUACCACCCUUACCUCACACUGGCGAAUCUUUAUCACUCACAAAAUAUGAAGGCGGAUCAAGAGCAUCUCAAGGAUUCCAGAUGGGCUUCUAUCACGCCAAGGACACUGAUGUUCAAGCGGCUCUUCGAAAAGCUCACACCAAACAGCAGUGCUGCUAACAUGGUCGAAGUCAUGCACUCUGCGGGCAUCAGCAGUCGAGUGCUCGAAACCCUUCCGGAGGCUGUGCUUGCACCGCUCAAAGACUCAAUUGCUAGAUGUCAAGCUCGGCCACCUGCUUCAUGGCCGAAGGACCUGUUGGAGCUCGUCAACCGUGGUGAUAUCAGCAUGGUGCUGGCGCCGAUCAAGAAGUUGCAGAAGAGCGGCGCCAACAUUCUUACGCCCACGCAUAAUGCGUCAUGGGACUACCGAACUAUCUGUCACAGCGUCGAUGAGUACAACAAUAAUGGGUACGACGAAGGGCAGGGAACCGAGCGACAGGCUGUCAUCCGAGCAUUGUUCAAAGAAGACCGUCGCCUCAAUGAAGCCCAGAAUCUCCUCUCCACUCACAGAGCUCGUGUUGUCCGUCUGGAAGCCGAUGCAGCGUGGUCAGAGAGUGAAUAUCUCGAAAGACAGAAGGAACUCGUAUCCAGAAUUGCUACGGGCACUCUGGCCAUCCCUGCAGGUCGAGCGCUCCUGUAUUACAGCUUACGAUACCCGCUCUUGACGCAAAAAUUUCACGUGGCCGGGUUCAACCUCAAUUGCGUCGUUCGUCCAACAAACGUCACCGUCGGCGUCGACAAGGCACUUUUCACGGAAGAAAAGGUCUGCUGGGGUUUCUUCCACCAGGGCGUGGCGGCCGGGCUUGCCAUUUCCCCAGAGGCCAAAGGUAUCGACACCUCUUGGAUCUUGUACAAUAAGCCUGGUCACGAUCUGAGCAAUCGACACGCGGGCUUUCUACUUGCUUUGGGUCUAAACGGACACCUCAAGGGAAUUGCGAAAUGGGUUGCUUUCAAGUACCUCACUCCAAAGCACACCAUGACCUCGGUUGGUCUCUUAUUGGGGCUUGCCGCAUCCUAUAAGGGCACCAUGGAUUCUCUCAUCACUCGUCUUCUCUCGGUCCAUGUUACUCGCAUGCUGCCUAGGGGUGCUGCAGAGCUGAACCUGUCUCCCUUGACCCAAACUACAGGUGUCAUGGGAAUUGGUCUCCUCUAUUGCAACAGUCAACACAGACGCAUGAGUGAGAUCAUGAUGUCAGAGAUCGAGCAUAUGGAUGAGGAAGACGAAGACGAGCCCCUUCGAAGCGAGUGUUACCGUCUCGCCGCCGGCUUCUCCCUUGGCCUCAUCAAUCUCGGCAAAGGCAACGACCUCCGUGGGCUUCACGACCUGAGGCUCACCGAGAGCCUUAUCACUAUUGCCACGGCGACGAAGAAGGUCGAAAUGGUACACGUUCUUGACCGAGCAGCAGCGGGUGCAGUCAUGGCACUCGCCUUGAUUUUCAUGAAAUCAGAGGACCACAUCGUAGCCAGGAAGAUUGACGUGCCAGAGUCAAUCGUCCAGUUCGACUACAUCCGGCCUGAUAUCUUGCUGCUACGUACAGUCGCCAAGAACCUAAUCAUGUGGAACGAAAUCGAACCAAAGUUUGAAUGGAUCUUGGAAAGCCUUCCCAAGGCGUACCGUGGCCGGUACAAGCUGGUCAAUACCACCAAGCUAAAGAGUACCGACCUACCAUUCUUUAGCAUCGUUACUGGAAUCUGCUUCUCUAUCGCGCUGCGUUAUGCGGGCAGCGCGUCAGCGAGGGUACGAGACCUCUUGAUACACUAUCUCGACCAGUUUAUCCGUAUCUCUCGGAUACCCGCCACGCCACGGCCACCUCCGCACGACUAUCCCAUGUACGACGAAGAGCUCGCCCGAUCCAAUGCGCGCAUGUGUCAGGACGUUCUCGCGCUCUCCGCCGCCAUUGUCAUGGCCGGCACCGGCGACCUUGUUGUGCUGCGUCGUCUUCGUCUACUACACGGCCGCGACGAUCCCGAUACUCCGUACGGCUCGCACUUGGCUGCCCAUCUCGCCAUUGGGUCUUUGUUCCUUGGAUGUGGAACAGCCACCUUUGGCACGAGCAACAUGGCCAUCGCCAGUCUCCUCAUCGCGUUUUAUCCCAUCUUUCCCACGUCGGUUAUGGACAACCGCUCUCACCUCCAAGCCUUCCGCCACUUCUGGGUCCUGGCCACCGAUCCUCGCUGCCUGGUAGCAAAGGACGUCGCAACAGGCCAACCAAUAUCUGCCCCCAUCGAGAUCCGCAGGAAAAUGAACGGGGCUCAUGAUGCAGAGGACGUUGCCGUCAUCCGCAACACGCCCUGCCUCCUACCUCCCCUGGCCGACAUUGCCAGCAUCCGCACCGACGCAGGCCCAGCCUUUUGGGACCUCGAAAUCGAUUUUGAAAAGAACCCCUCACUCGUUGACGCCUUCAAGGAGAAUCAGAGCCUCUACCUCCGCCGGCGCCCCGCGCAAGAAGCACCCUUCACGUCGACGCUCCGCGCCCUCGGACGGGAUGCGUUGGCCGACGUUACAGACAACGGCACGCGCGAUCCGGUAGAAUGGAUAUUUGGCCUCGAUGCCCUUCGCGACCUCACCUACGCCGAGCGCGCCACCGUUCUGGACCGUAGCACGAGCUCCGAGGGCGCUGCUAGCGAGACUUCAGGGUCCGCCGUUGACGCUCGUCUUGUGCUGGAGCGGAGUAUGGACGGGUCUUCGCGGGAGAGGCUCCUCGGGCUGAAGAUGCUGUUUGAGUGGGCGGAUCGACGUGCGCAGCUUGAUGGGGGUGCUUGGGCUAAGGGCAAGGCUGCCAGGGCUAGCGGCGGUGUUGGUGGGGGAGGUGGAGGUGCAGAAGGGGAGAAGAAUCAGGAGUGGUGGAUGCGUGAUAGUGUUGUUGAGGAGCUCAAGGGGCGGGUGUUUAUGGCUGGUCGGGAGGACGGGGUCGGGCAGAGUCUUAGGAGUAUUUGA